GCUCCUUCCCUUCAAGGCCCCUUUGAACGCGUGUCAUCCUGCGGCGUUUCAUGCCUCCUCCCUGGGAGCCGCCAUUUUAGCCCCGCCCCUGUCCCCCAUAGCGACAGGGAAAGAGGCAACUGAAAAGAAAACCAUCUUUCUUCAGGGAUUUAACAGACUAACUUAUAGGAUGAAGCCAAACUGUUACCUGGCCUUGAUCCACGUGUUUCUUGCAGCCUGUUUAUGCACUGCCAUCGUCUUCACCGGGCUGUUUGAUAAUGCCUUCACUGAAGUUGGUUAUGAAUAUUAUGCAGAGGUUCCAAUUCAGUCUUUCCCAAAUUUUCUAGCCAUGCCUUUCAAUUCUGUCAUUAAUCUGGGUUACCUGCUUUUGGGAUGCUACUGGCUGCUGAAAAAUAGGAAAAUCGUGGGAAAUGCUGAAGAUGUGAGACAGGCCCAUUACCUGAAAGAUGUCUUUGCGGGCAUGGCCCUGCUAUAUGGUCCUGUUCAAUGGGUACGCAUCUGGACCCAGAGUCACCGCUCUGCUAUUCUGGACCAGUGGUUUACCUUGCCCAUUUUUGCUUGGUCAGUGGUCUGGUGCCGCUACCUAGAGGAUGGUUGGAAGCCCUGGUUGUUCCUGUGUAUUGAGUGUAUAUCCGUAGCCAGUUAUGGCCUUACCCUGUUCCACAAGCUUGGUUUUGAUAUAGCCCUAGCAUGCCACAUUUUUGCUGCUGUGUGGAGUAUCAUAACCCUGCACCAGGAAUACGGAGAUUCUAUCUCUGCCACAUACAUCAGCCUAGGUUUGGUAUUUUGCCUGGGCUUUAUUGUACUUAAGCUGGCUGACCACUGGCUUGCUCAGUGGCCUUACUUCAAGGAACUGACUGGCCACUUCUGGUCUAAAGUUUGUGACAUCAUGCAGUUCCACUUUGCGUUUUUGUUCUUGACACACUUCAGCAGUCCCCAAAGACGCAUUGCUGAGGAAAAGAAUUUUUAAGUGAACUAAAAAAGCUUCUAAAGUGUUUUAGUUAAUAUAUGCAUUUGAAAAACAGUGUUCCAGCCAAGUAUAUACAUCCAUUCCAUGUUUACACUCAGUUCACUUUCUGAUUUUCCUAUUUCUGUUGUCCGUGUUUUUCAUGGCCAUUAAAAUGAAAUUUGUUGAUU